AAAGUUAUUUUUGGUUGCCCGCUCGUUCCUCUUAUUCUCAUCUCCAUCGCGCCAAUUUUACGCCUAUCACUUUGAUUUUCCUCUUUCAUGUCCACUGCUCCGCACUUCAUCACUCACCAUUUAUACUAAUUUUCUCUUGAUCUGUUAGGGUUUUCAUUUCGAUUUUAGGGUUUUGGGGAAACUGCUCGGUUGGUGGUUUCUAUGGCGAGGGAAACCCUAGACGAGAAGAAAACGGAGGAAGAGGAGGCUACUCCGGUUAAAGGUGAAGAGGAAGAGGAGAGAGAGAAGGUAAACGGUGGGGAAUGUAAGGAGGUUUUCGAAAAAGGGGAUUCUCGGCAAACUGAGGAAAAAAUGGAAGUUGGCGAGAAAGGGAAAGAGGAAGGGAAUGAAGAGAAGGAGAAGGAAGUGGAAGAAGAGGAAGGAAAGGAAGAGGAACUGAAAGAGGUGGAGGGAGUGGAAGAUGAAGAAGAGAGUGAAGAUGAAGGAACUAAAAGUGCUAAAGGUAGUGGUCGAAAGGGAAGCUCAAGGAAGCCCGGUCGAGAUUCGGCUGAGAAGAAAGAGCCUGUGACGCCGAGUAGUGAUAGGCCUACAAGGGAAAGAAAAGUCGUGAAAAGGUACUCAGCUCCUUCCGUUGCCAGGUCUUCCUCGGCCAAACCUUUUUUAAUUGAAAAGGGUCGCGGUACACAGCUUAAAGAUAUUCCGAAUGUGGCUUUCAAACUGUCUAAGAGAAAAGCUGAUGACAAUCUGCAGAUGCUUCAUGUGAUACUCUUUGGAAAGAAAGUAAAGCCUUACAGUUUGAAGAGAAACAUUGGCCAAUUUUCUGGCUAUGUUUGGGUUGAGAAUGAGCGGGAAAAGCAAAAAGCAAAAAUAAGGGAAAAAAUUGAAAAAUGUGUUAAAGAAAAAUUGGUUGAUUUCUGUGAUUUGCUGAAUAUUCCAAUUGCAAAGGCUACUGUAAGAAAGGAGGAAGUCUCUGCUAAAUUAUUGGAAUUUCUAGAAUCCCCCCAUGCUACUACAGACAUUCUUCUUGCUGACAAGGAACAGAAGGGUAAAAAGCGUAAAGCUACACCAAGCAAAAGCAUUGGUUAUGGGGAGGCUUUGGAUACAUCAGCUAAGAAGCGACUAAGAGCGCCCCAAGGUGGGGAAAAGCGUAAGCGUUCAUCCAAAGCUGAGGAAGAUGAAGAUGAUGAUAAAGUUGAAUCCCCUGUCUCUAGAGAUGAUUCUCAUGAAGAUGAUGCUGACACUGCUCCUAAAGAAGAGAAUGGUGACGAAGAGACUAAAUCAGAGGAGGAAGAAGAGCCCAAAAAGUCAAGUGAAAAAAGUACUUCAAAAAAGACAGCAACAGAGAGUCCCGAGUCUAAAAGCAAGGAUAAAUCCACAUCCGGAAAGAAGGCUACCCCUGCAAAAUCUGGCAAAAAGUCCUCAGGAUCAACUUCAAAGCAGGAUGUCAGUGAUGGUGGAAAUUCUGGUUCUAAAUCGAAGGGUUGUGCGUCAAAGAAACCAAAGGUUGAAAAGGAAAGCUCUAAGGGUAGUUCCACCAAAGACAAUGCUGCUGGCAAAAAGAAAACAAACAAGUCAUCAGAAAAGGUUUCUGCUAAGUCGCAAGGUAAAGGAAAAAGUGGCAAGAAACCUAAACCUGAGCCUACCAGGGAAGAGACUCAUGAUGUUGUGGUCAAUAUUCUAAAAAAAGUGGACUUCAACACUGCAACGUUAUCUGAUAUCCUUCGACAACUUGGUACUCACUUUGGGCGGGAUUUGAUGCACCGGAAAGCCGAGGUGAAGGACAUUAUUACGGAAGUGAUAAAUAACAUGUCUGAUGAGGAUGAGGAUGAGGAAGGGGAAGAAAGUGAGGAGAAUGCCGAUACAAGCGGUGGUGCCGAUAAAGAUGGUGAUGGAGAUGACUAGUUUCACCAUAUGUAACUUGUGACAUGUGCACGGUCAUAGGUAAUUAUCUGAUCCCCCAUGGGGUUUGAUUUUCAUUUGUGAUAGAAUACUAGAAUUGGCCUAGUGAUUUUAGAUGGUGGGAUUGUAACUCCUGUAGUAACUUAAUUGUAGUAGUAUGUAUGGUUGUAGUUGAGAUUUGCCUAGUUUCUCAUAGCGAACAUCUUGUUAUUUUAUCAGGCUGAGGUUUCAAAGA